AUGACUCUCUAUAUAUUCGCAGUUGCUCGAAAAGGUUACUACAAUGCAAUUGCAACCAUGACAGUUCUUACAAUAUCCUCAUUCCCAUUUCUUCUUCUCAUUGCAGCUGCCUGUGUUAGCUUCUGCCAUGGCAAUUCCAAUGUGCUUUGCAUUGGAAGUGAGAGAGACGCUCUUUUGAAGUUGAAGAAUGAUCUGAUCGAUCCCUCAAACAGGCUAUCUUCCUGGGUUGAAGGUGGGGAUUGCUGUGAAUGGAAUGGUGUUGUUUGCCAUAACACAACAGGCCACGUCACCCAACUUCUCUUGUCUCCUCCUGAAGGACAGCAAAGUUACGGUCGUUCAUCUCUAGGAGGCAAAAUCAAUCCUUCUCUGCUGGAGUUGUAUCAUCUCAAUUGGCUUGACUUGAGCAAUAACAAUUUUAGCAGCAUUCAAAUCCCUGAGUUUUUGGGUUUUCUGGGGAGUUUAACAUAUCUUAACCUCUCCCAAGCACUAUUCCUGGGAGCCAUUCCUCAUAACCUUGGGAAUCUAUCAGAGUUGUUGUAUCUUGACCUUCGAGGUAAUUAUUUCUUGGAAGAAGAAAAAAGUCUUCAAUGGAUUUCUGGACUUACUUCUUUGCAGUACCUUGAUUUGAGUCAUGUGGAUCAUCAUAAAGCAACUGAUUGGCUACAGGUAACAUUAUCCAAUCUUCCUUCUUUGUUAGAGUUGCACUUGUCUGGUUGCAUUUUGGAAGGCCCAAUUCCAGAUUACUUUGGGAACAUGUCGUUUCUUAAAGUUAUUGAUCUAAGUUUCAACUCGCUCAAUUCAUCCAUACCCAACUCCUUGUAUAGUUUAAACCAUCUUCAAUCCCUUGGUUUUACUGGUAGCUAUUUCCAAGGCGAAAUUUCAAAUGCCAUUGGAAACUUGAGCUCUCUCAUUCACCUUGAUAUGUCGGACAAUCAGCUUCAAGGAAAAGUAUCAGCCUCUUUAGGAGAUCUUUGCAAAUUGAAGGAGAUGAAUUUGUCAUAUAAUGGAAUUGAUCAAGACAUAUCAGAAAUCCUACGGAGUCUGUCUAAAUGUUGUUUGGAUAGCUUAGAGUCAUUGAGUAUGGAAUAUACCCAACUUUCUGGCCAUUUAACUCAUAAACUUGGGCAAUUUAAAAAUUUAGCUUACCUGAACCUUGCUGGAAACAACAUUUCUGGUCCCAUUCCACUAUCGAUAGGGGAGUUAUCAUCUUUGAAGGUCUUUGAUGUUUCAGAAAAUCAAUUAAAUGGUACUCUUCCUCCAAAUUUUGGGAAAUUGGCAAAUUUAGAAGGUUUAUAUAUUGGGCAAAAUCAAUUGGAAGGAGUUGUAUCGGAAACUCAUUUUUCUAAUCUCACAAAGUUGUCAACGUUGUCUGCAUCCAGAAACAUGUUGAGAUUUGAACCAAACUCAAGCUGGAUUCCUCCGUUUCAAUGUGAAAUUAUCAAAUUGAGUUAUUGGCAUCUUGGCCCCAAGUUUCCCCAUUGGUUGAAGUUCCAAAAGAAGUUGUCUUAUUUAGAUCUAUCUCAUACGGGAAUAGCGGACGUCAUGCCCACUUGGUUUUUGAACCUUUCCUCUCAAUUUCAAAUUGUGAAUCUUUCCAGUAAUCAACUUACUGGAGAGAUUUCAUAUUUGAAUGUAGAAGAAAUUGUCGACCUGAGUUCAAACCGAUUCUUUGGUCCACUGCCAAGACUGUUGUCAAACCGAUUCCAUGAGAGAUUUCGAAGCUUAUUUUAUAUUCUGUCAAGGAAUUUAUUUUCAGGAUCCCUUUCUGAAUUUGUUUGCAAUUCAUCAGUGACAUCAAUGUCCGUUCUUCACAUUGAUACAAAUCUUCUCUCUGGAGAAAUUCCAGAUUGCUGGAAUGGUUGGUGGAGUUUGAGGAUCUUAAAUUUGGAAAACAAUAAUUUAACAGGAAGAAUCCCAUCUUCUUUGGGAGAUGCAAGUCUUGAAAUGCUAAACCUUCGGAACAAUAGCAUGUUUGGAGAAUUACCCUCCACAUUGCAAAAUUGUACUGAUUUGGUUAUUCUUGAUCUCAGUGAAAAUCAUUUCAGUGGAAGAAUACCUGCAUGGAUUGGUGACAAGCUCUCUAACCUUAUGGUACUAAGCCUCCGGUCAAAUAACUUUGUUGGGCUUAUCCCUCAUCAAAUUUGCGCUCUUCAAUCUCUUCAGAUCUUGGACCUUGGACACAACGACAUUUCAGGAGCUAUUCCAAAAUGUUUGAGAAAUUUAAGUGCAAUGGCCAUUAAAGAAAAACAAAGUGAGCACUAUUACGGUGGGGUAUUGUACCGUAAAGAUGCAGAUAGGAUCAAUUAUUUGAUGAGUGCGUCAUUGGUGCUGAAAGGGCGAGAGGACUUGUAUAGUACCACACUGGGACUUGUUACAAGCAUAUGCCUUUCAGCUAAUAGUUUUACAGGACAUAUCCCAAAAGAAGUUGGUACUCUCAUUGGGCUAUUGUCAUUAAAUCUUUCAAGGAAUCUCCUAACAGGAAAUAUACCAGACAGCAUUGGCAACAUGAAGUUGAUGGAAUCACUUGAUUUGUCGAUGAAUCAUUUGCAUGGUGGAAUCCCUUCAAGUUUCUCCAAUUUGAAUUUUUUGAAUCACUUCAACGUGUCCUACAACAACCUGACAGGACAAAUCCCAACAGCUACUCAGCUUCAAAGCUUUGAAAACUCAUCCUUCAUGGGCAAUCAUCUCUGUGGGCCUCCUGUGAGUAAAAGCUGCAGCACUAAAGGUGUUCCUACUGAUGCUACAAAGAAUGGAGACAACAGUGGAAGAAGUAAAGUGAACGGGUUCUAUGUGAGCAUGGUUGUUGGGUUUGUAAUGGGAUUUUGGGGAGUGGUGGCUCCCCUGUUUUUCAUCAGGUCAUGGAGGCAUGCAUAUUAUGGAAAGUUGGAGCAUAUUGGUAACAAGGUGUAUGUGUUUUGGGCUACUAAAUGUAUUUAG